AUGUCAUACUCACGCCGGAUAGGCUGUCCCAUUGAUCGAACCCCGGAAAUCUUCCACCCGACACUCGCUCCCUACCUCAUCACGGGCGUUUGGCCAGAGAAGCUCGCUCUUCCGAAACUACUUUCUCCGCCGGCCCCCGCGAAGCCAACCCACUUGUUAAACACCUUGCCGAAAGCGAAAAGUUCGGCAGACAUCACACCAACGACGGAAGCCGCGACAGAAGAGGAAAAGAAACCGCCGCGGGCCGUUCAGCUCAACUUGACGGAGAGGCCAAAACCUAAACAAGCGAUUCCACAGAAUGCGGGCUCGAAGCGAGUGUUGCCUACGUUAGAAAUCCAGUCUGAGCGGGUUGGUCCACUGGUGACCUCGACUCCGAUCGUGCGACGUGUGCUGGUUACAGCAAAGGCUGCACAAAGUCAGCCGAAAGCUGCGUCUUCGCAGGCUCCGGUGCUAUUGCGAUUGCCGGAGAAGAAAAUCGAGAAGAAACCGAUCAUUCUGAAUAAGUUGGCCAAACCAGUUAUUGCGUCGGUUGAGGAAGAUUUCGUGACGACCGGAGACGGCAUUGUUCAGAUGGUUAUCAAGAACGAAUCAGUGCCGGAAACCGUUGGCGGUACAUUGAAGCAGGAGCCGGGAGAAAGAGGUGUGUUUCCGUGCACGGAGUGUGAUCGAUCAUUUCCGUUGAAGCAACUGUUGGACAUUCACAUGUUGAAUCACACGCGCGCUCGUAACUUUCCGUGCGAACUGUGUGACAAACGGUUCUUUUCCAAGUACGAUUUGGCCAAGCACCAUACGACACACACCGGCGAACGGCCAUACGUGUGCGUGGUUUGCCGGGCGGCCUUCAGUCGAUCCACGCUGCUGACUCGCCACCAGACGACGCACAAGGACCUGCUGCAGCACACCUGCACGUACUGCAAUCGAGACUUCAUAACGGAGGCGGAUCUGAGCAAGCAUAUGGCCAAUCACGAGAAGCUCCGUCCGUUCCAGUGCUCUUCGUGUCCGAAAUCCUUCCGCUACAAGCAAGGUCUCGAGCGCCAUGAGACCUUGCACAUGAAGGAUUUGCCAUUCAAGUGCGAGUACUGUGACCACAGCUUCAUCACGUCCGUCAAACUUUCGCGCCACUUGACAACACACGCUGGCCGUCGGCCGUAUCCUUGCCGCAUGUGCAACAAGUCGUUCCUGCUGAGCCACCAUCUGACGCGCCACUUGCGCAGUCACGGUGCAGCUGGUCAAGGAGAGUACCGGUGCAACGACUGUAACGAGAUGUUUCAGAACAAAAACUCUCUCAUCUACCAUUCGGCGCAGCACGCCGCCGAGAACCUAACGUGUCCACUGUGUAAGGAGCAGUUCGAUGACGCCGAUGCGGUCGUGGAGCACAUCCAGCUGCACACCGAUGAUGAUCAGUACGAGUGCGUGUACUGUGACCUGAUGUUCGUGACGAACGAUAAACUAGAGGCCCACCAUCAGGCGAUGCAUCUGGACGAGCUGGCCGACGAGUUGACGGAAGAGCAGCGGGAGCAGUUGAUGAGCGAGGAGCAGGAGCGAGGAGCAGAUGAAGAGAAGGCGCAAUUCAAAGUGAAGCGUUCUCGGGGUCGCGAUCCAGCCCGCCUAGAAAUGAUCUUUGAACCAGACGAACUUGAUGAAUCAGAAGUGAUCCUCGGAGGCGACGAACUACUGGUCGAAGAAUCAGAUGUUGCUGGGUUCGAUGAUACGAAUGGAGUGUAUCUAUAUGAUGAACAUGGACAUCUGUUCCGCGAUCCACCGGAAACGAUCGAGGAUGGCACGAUCGAAGUGACGGAGCUCGAGCUGACAUCGAAAAUGGAGGAAAACGAGCCAACGGAGGAGACACCUGAACGCACGACACUACCCGAAAACAAGAUUAAGGUUGACCGGCAGUCAAGUUUCGAUCUAUGUCAACUGAUAAAACAUCGGCGAACUACUUCGGAGAAAAGCAAAUCGGUGUCCGAUGUACUGAAGAACCUCCCGAAAGGCGUGACGAUCAAAUCUUCUCUGUCAACCGUAACACAGAAAUCGGAGGUAGCUCACGCAUCGACAAACCCGGAAUCCAGUAAGGUUCGGGAAUGGAAUGUUCUUACGUCGGUUCCAAAAUCGAAAGCAAUCGUUUCAGAAAAGCCAAUGCCAGUUGCUCAGGUGGAAAAGAAAAUUGUAGUUCGAGGGCCGGUCAAAGUUGACAAACCUUCUCCGGAAAUCGCCAAGGCAAACCCGGCAGCGGUGGUUGGAAAGGUAAACCCGGUAGCGGUGGUUCGGAAGGACAAAUCGGAAGCCAACACUUCCAAGGGGAACACUUCCGGAGGCAACGUGAAGGUGGAAAGUGUAAAGCUUGACAAAAGUCCUUUAAAGCGAAGCGCCAGCUCCGGUGUGCUGCAUUACGGCAAACCACACGCAGUGAAACCGUCGGUGGAAAAGCCGCCUGGCAAGAGUGUGUCCUCAUUAAAACGCCCCGAAGGAUUGGCGACAAAGGUAGAGCGGAAGUAUUCGGUUGCUGCGAAACAACCGGCAACUCCGAAAGCUGCUGAACUACAGGAGCAACCCGGGCCUAGCAAGCGAUUGUUAGUGCAGCGAAAAACACUGGACCCAGCUGCAACGGCUGCACCCUCGACCAUGACCCGUAAUGCGCAACAACUGGCCAAUGUGACACGAGCGGUUAAGCGCUUGGCAACGCCAACUCCCGCUUCGACCGUGGGCAAUCCGGUUGAGAUGAGCGUCGGCGGCAAGAAAAUUAAGAUGCAAAAAUUGGUUUUCUCGAAAGCGAAUACGGUCGCCCUGGCGCGCGAGGGAAAGUUAAAAGACAAACCAUAGAGUUUUUGGUUUUUCUAGUUAGCAGUUAUUAUUGUAUCGAUUUCAGCUCAUUUUUUACCACAUGAUCUAUAUU